AUGUGUGAAGGAAUUCCUAAAUUCACUAAUCUUAGAAUGCCUCAAGUCCGUUCAAAAGAAGAAUUUGCAUUUUCAAAAUAUUCUCCUCCAGAAGUUUUAUUAUUGCACGGAAUUGAAAAUAAAACAAAAUUAAAUAUUUAUUCCUUGGGCGUAUUAAUGUGGGAAGUAUCGAAUGACGGUAUCGAGCCUUUCAACGAUAAUCGUUCAAUUGCCUUAGCAAUUAACAUUAUCAAAGCCGCUCGGCCCACUUGUGCAAGAAUUCUUGAUGAAUUGAACAACAUAUCACUCACAGACAUAUAUGAAGUUGAUAGAGCUUAUAAUACUUCAAAUUUCCAGGCGCUUACCCCUAAACCUAAAUCAAUCGACCUAGAAUUGUCGUUGGAUUAUGGCACUUUGCUUAAGCAAAAGAAAAUGAAAACAGAAUUUGUUAGCAUUUUUGGCUUAAACAGAGGCAGAAAUCUUAAUGGAUUUGAUUUCAAUCGCGCAGAAGGAAUAAUUUUGAAUGAUAAUGGCGAUGCAAAAGUUCUUAAAUCAGAGUUGAGCACCCCAGGUGUCUAUCACUCAUUAAGUACGGAUUCAAUUUGGAAUAAUUUAAGAAAUACAAGUUUAUUUGCAGCUACUAAAGAACAUCAAGAGUUAAAUAAUGACGAUAAUCAAGUACAGAUUCACGUUCCAGUUUCAACAGUAGAAUAUACAUCUGCUGCGUCGAAAAAAUUUAUUAAAGAUAUAGAGAAUGCACUUGAGAUUUCUGACAAAACUGAACAAGAGAAGAUGCUAACAAAACAUUUUAAUUAUUAUGGUAAUUACGUAGUCAGAAAGUUCACACUUGGUGGUGUUAUCACAAUUGGAAAUUGGUUAAACGCAUCUAAUAGAGAAAAAUCAUAUUUAAAGAGCUAUAUACAGUGGGGAAUCGAUUGUGGAAAAGGGAAAGCCACCGAAAUUUUUGAAGAUGUACCACUUGACACCAUACCGCCACUUCAAGCUGAUGGCGAGAUGGAUACCCUUGGUGACUUAUAUAAUUGGUUUAAAAGCUUAUAUGGCCUUGAUUUUGCCAAGGUUAUAGCAUAUGGAAAAAUAAUCCCAUCUUAUAAAUUACUACCGGCUACAUUGCAAAAAAAAUUACUUGAGAUUACUGGUUGUGAUCCUGUUGAAGCGCCCGAUGGCGAAUUAAUUCCUAAUGUUCCAAUUCAAUACGAAAGAAAGGAACUUGCGCAAUGGAUAGCAUUAAAACCUCCGCUUGAAUUAUUUUUAUUGGAUUUUGUUCACCAUAAUUCACUUCAAUAUGGUGUGAUUCUACAAAAAUCAGAUCUUGGACACGCAAAAAAGGCUGCUUUUAAGUUUCUGAGGAUACCUACCGUUACUGAAAUUAAAAAGGUCACUCUUUCAUUAACAGAAACACGAAAUCGUCAAGACGCCUAUUUAUUGGAAAAUGGCAUAGUUUUAAAAGAUGAAGAUAACUUAGAUCUUGAUAAUAUCCCUUUCGCUGCAUACAGUUCAAUGCUUAAUCAUCCCUUGGAGGAUUUCAAAUCUGCUAAAAAUCAAGCUUUUCAGGCAAUUUAUUGUCAAAUAACUGUUCAUAUGGCAAAACUUUCUUUUAACCUUGCGGAUAUCAAAUCUUUACAGGAAUAUUCAAAUAGUGUCAAUACGGCUCUUCAAAGUAAUGAGCCAUUUAAAAGUAUUUGUAAAUUAUUCGGAGAUGAUUAUGGCCAUUUAUUAUCAAGGACUUUGACUGUAGGUGGAAUUUUAUCGAAAAAAUGUGUUCUACGUACAAAAAAAAAUUUACCUGAAGGAAAAAUUGAAUAUGAAUUUGAAAUGAACGAUCCUCAAAUAAUUGAUAAAAUUAAUUUUCAAUUGAAAAAAUGGGAAAAAGACUUUGAAGUGAACACUUCAUUUUUAAUUGGCAAUAAUGGUGAUAUUGUUAGCCGCGAUGGGAUUAAACCUUGGCUUGAAUAUUUCCAGGAUUUGACUAUUAAUGCAUCCCGAAAUUGGAGUAUUGUUGCUUAUGAAGACUGGACACCGCUAUACAAAAUUUUGCGAAGAACAAGCGCCACAAUUGAUAGUACCUUUGGUCAAUAUCAGAUUAUUUUUAGUGGAGAAGAGUUAUUCCAGAUGGAUGAUCAGAAAACCUUCAUUAUUAGAUUCCCAGAUCUUGCAUCGAAUUGUGUUUUGAUGACGUCAAUUGUAUCAAAAGACGAAACUGCCUUUUAUACUAUUAAACCUAAAGCUUGGGCAAAAACUAAAAUUUUUCUAGAAAUAACAAAAGAUCCAAUAAGUGAUGAUUAUGAUACAGAAGGAAUUGUUGAUCAAGCAACUGUUCUCAAGUGGUGCAUAGUCUACACUGACGAAAGAAAACCUAUGGUUAGUGAGACUAGUAAUUUACGGAUACAUCAUUGGAACUCAUUUGGAGAAUAUCUUGAUGAUGGUAUAGAAUGCUUGGAGGAAGCAGAUGAAGAUGUACUUGACAUGCAAUCUGGAAUACCGUUAGAAGAAGCAAUGGAUCAACAUAAUUUAAAUGAAGUUGCACUUUAUUGGAUUGGAUUUUACCUCCAAUAUGAUAUUUUAUCAGCUUCUAAAUCUUAUUUAAGAAGAUUUUAUGACGAAGCUAUUGACGAAUUUGCGGAAGGUGCUGAAUCAAAUUUACAAGCUGCAAUGAUGCUCUAUAAAAAAUCGGCAGAUGCCGAAUAUCCUGAAGCGCAAUUAAGAUUAUCUGCAUUGAAUAAGAAUCACACUGCAAUGUAUAACUUGGGAAUUAUUUUGAUACUGGGUGGGAACGAACCAGAUAAAGCCGAAGGAGAGAGAUGGCUGAGAGAGGCUGCCAGAAAUAAUCAUCAAAGAGCUAUAGAAGUCUGCAGAGAGCACCACAUUGAAUUUUAG